UACCCGCUGUUAUUUCUUCGCAUUCUCCCGUCGCCCCUUUCCCCUGCCGCAAGAAAUCGGUGUUGAAGCAGGAGCAGAGCAGGAAAGGGCUUGAUCCCUAAUCUAGGUUUUUCAAUUCUCAAAUUGCACCUUUCACCCUUAAUAUCCUGAGGAAAAUCGAAGGAUGACAUCGGAGGAGACGGUGAAGGAGCAGCUGCUUGGGCUGCGGACAAAGCUUGCGAAGAAGCAGACUUUCGAGGAGGCAGUAUCCUCGAUCGCGUUUCUUCUGCGAGACCGUUACACUUCCGCCUCCCCUUCGCUUCGUCAAUUGAUAUAUUCUACAGUUUGCCGUGUAGCUACUCUUCUUCAAACUAGAUAUACAGCACGUGGAUUUUGGCUUGCUGGCUUAAGUCUAUUUGAAGAUGCAGAGAAGCUAGUUACCGAACCAUCUGAAAAGGAUAAUUUACAUAAAUUUGUUGCUAGGGCUCGUGAGCAUUUGAAUGAUAUGGAGAAUGAGGCUCCUAGUUUUGAGAGAAGACAAUCAGAUUCUAGGUACCUUUUUGAAGGUCACUUGACUGUCGAGCCUGAACCAGCACCACCAGCAUGGCUUGUGGCCCAAAAUCUACUUACAACUCUUGCUGUAGCACAAGAUUGGACUGCCACUGCUGAAUCUUCACAGGUUCAGGAAGAGAACAACAAUACAACUGAAAGUAGUACAGUGGCUGGGCUUCCUGCGACUGUCAGAGAGUUAAUGAGUAAUUUGCAAGAGAUAAAUGGCUUUCUUGAUCUUGAAAAUGUUAUUGAAGCUUCAUUGCAGGAAAUUGGUGCUGGAACGUGA